AUGUCUCCCUCGCCCACCCCUCAACCCUGGGACCAAUGGUCGCAACAGCAGCAGCAGCAACAACAGCCCCAACAUCACUCUGGAUAUUCCCUGAUGGAUCAGUCUGUGUUCCCUCAAUAUGCCUCGCCAACACAGUAUGACCCCAGGACAAGCCAGUAUGAUCCGAGAACUGUUGUCACCUCUGGUCCCCUCGUCGCACCUCACAUGGCUCCUCACUAUGUGACAGCACCAGCCUAUGGUGUAUCUCCCAUCUCGAACAUGAAGCCUCACUUUUCCACACAGACUCACUACUCCUACGGCCAGUACGACCAGCCUACAGGCCACCUAGCCAUGCCUUACUCUCGCAUGAGCCCCCAGCAAGAGCGCCACGGCCUCCCUAUGGUAUCUCAGAUGCCCCAGCAGCAGCACCUUCACAGCCAGCAGCGCCAACAACGCAGUCCCUCAGCCGCCAGGAGCGAGACGCUGAGCGCUCCCAAGACACCGGAUCCCAUGAACACAAAGGAGAUUACCUACAACAAGCCUGUCAUGACAGAUGAUGUAGUCUUCACGACUCCUGUUGAUGUCAUGAUGAAGGCUCUUCAGAAGAGGAAAGAUAAGGAGGAUCUUGCGAGCAGCAACUCCUCCGAGGCUGGUGCUGGCAGCGUCAAGUCUGAGCCCUCUUCCCCUCAUCCGUCCAGUACAGAUGGUAGCCAGGAAACUACCGACAAGGUGAAGAAGUACAGGUGUCCCUACGACGGAUGUCCCAAGAGCUUCCAGCAGAGCACACAUUUGGAAACACACAAGCGCGCCCAUACUGGCGACAAGCCCUACAAAUGCGAGUGGCACGGAUGCGGACGUCGAUUCUCACAGCCUGGCAACUUGAAGACACACACCCGACUUCAUACUGGCGAGCGCCCUUUUGAGUGCGAGAUGUGUGGAGCCUGCUUCGCGCAACGCGGCAACUUGACUGCGCACAAGGCUACACACAGCAAGACGAAGCCCUUCGUCUGCAAACUUGAUACGUGCAAUAAAUGCUUCACGACGCGGGGAAAUCUCAAGAACCACCAGAACAAGUAUCACAAGGAGACAAUCGCCCAGCUUGUUGACUGGAUCAUUUCUCUUACGGACGUUGACGCUCUGUCAGCCAAAGACCGUGACCUGCUCUGGUACUUUUCCAAUAUCUACAAGAACAGCAACAAGGGCAUCAAGGGCCGAGGUCGCGACCGCCGAGUCAGCGAGGUCCGCAUGGGCAAGACAAAACUCAGCUCGCCCGGCAUGGGCCUCCCCCGAUCAAAAAUGCUCGACUCCUCCUUCUCCCGCCUUGGACUCGGCUUCUGA